GUAAUCCGGGCGCGACCUCGAAAUCCCCAAGAUCGACGUGUUCACGUAAGACGACGUUUUUUUGAUCCGGAAUACUUCCAAGGCCUCCCAAACAGAGGCUUCACUUCAAAACGAUGUCUGCUAGACCACUUCGAGAAGCGCCUCGAGAUCUAGACUCAAUAGCCAAACAAGAGGAAGCCCUCAUCCUACCACAUUUCACGGCCGACGAUGCGUUGGAAAUUGGUCUCUCGAUCCGCAACCGCCUGAGAGCCCUGACCCAUCUCUCCGCAGUCGUGAACAUCUCGCUUGCGAACAGCAACAACCUCCUCUUCCACGCCGUCAGCCGGCCCGGGGUACAACCUGACAAUGACAUCUGGGUAUCCAGGAAGAGAAAAACGGUACUGCGGUGGGGCGUGAGUACGUGGUUCAUGCACAACAAGAUGCACGGGGACGAGGAGGCUUUCAGGAAGAAGUACAUGCUCGGCGAGUCGGCCGGGGAAUAUGCCAUUCACGGAGGAGGUCUGCCCAUCAGGGUCAGGGGGGUCGAGGGCAUCGUUGCGGUCCUCGUCGUGAGUGGCCUCAAGCAGCACGAGGACCAUCAAAUUGUCGUGGAGGCUCUGGAAGAGUUCUUGGACGACACAGAGAACGAGCCCAGGUCGCCAUCAGGUCCCGAGCCAUAACCUGGAUUCUGGACGUGUGGUCUACGACUGUGGUGUGUCUAUAACGGGAACUACAGGACAGUGUACAUACCAAGAACUAAUCAAUCUCUAUCAAGGUAAUUACGAUCGUCUGGCGCUGGUUGCAUGGAGACUCUCGACUUCAAUGACGAAGCAGCGGUUUCGACAUGUUUUCAAUGCAAUUUCGCAGUCCUCCUACUGGGUUGAAAUGGCUUCUACUAUCCAGCUUCUCUUAUGAUUCAGCUCACAGAACUUGAAACUGUGAAUAAUAUUUCCUACCAACUUUGGC